AUGAACAGUGAACAUUCAUUUCUACGUUCCAUUGAUUUUAAAGAUGAAGGCAUUCCUUCUGGUUUAUGUGUUCAACAGGAAUCAAGUAAACCUAGGAGGAACAUUACAGACAGAAGCGAUUUCUCUGAUGUUCCUGCCAUCCACAACAAACUUAAAUCUUAUCUAACUGAUAAGUUUCAGUGCUUGUAUGAGGGAACAGGAAAGCAGGGAAACCCAGUACUGCUAAAUGAGAUCUACACAGAACUCUACAUCACAGAGAGUGAGACUGGAGAGAUCAUUAAUGAACAUGAGGUGAGACAGAUUGAGAAACAAUUCAAGAGAGCAGCAACAGAGGACACACUGAUCAAAUGCAGUGACAUCUUUAGACCUUUACCUGGUCAAGACAAAGCCAUCAGAACUGUGAUGACAAAGGGAGUUGCUGGCAUUGGAAAAACAGUCUCUGUGCAGAAGUUCAUCCUGGACUGGUCUGAAGGGAAAUCGAAUCAGGAUGUCCAGCUCACAUUUCCACUUUCCUUCAGAGAGCUCAACAUGAUGAAGGACAAAAAGCUCAGUCUUCUAGACAUUCUUCAAAUCUUUUGUACUGAAACAAUAGAAACUGACAUUUCAAGCAAUAAAUACCAAGUGAUAUUCAUCUUUGAUGGUCUAGAUGAGUCCCGCCUGGAUUUGAAUUUUCAGAACUUUGUGAGACUGUCUAAUGUAAUGGAGUCGGCCUCAGUGGACGUGCUGUUGAUAAACCUCAUUGCAGGAAAUCUGCUUCCCUCUGCUCUCAUCUGGAUCACCUCCAGACCAGCAGCAGCUGAUCUCAUCCCCUCCAAGUUUGUCAGUCGAGUGACAGAGGUACGAGGCUUCAAUGAUCCACAGAAGGAGGAAUACUUCAGGAAGAGAGUCAGUGAUCAGAGUCUGGCCAAUAGAAUCAUCUCACACCUGAGGUCAUCAAGAAGCCUCUACAUCAUGUGUCACAUCCCAGUGUUCUGCUGGAUCUCAGCCACUGUUCUAGAGAAGAUGUUGAGUAAAGCAGAGAGUGGAGAGAUUCCGAAGACUCUCACUCAAAUGUACACACACUUCCUGAUCAUUCAGACCAACAUCAAACAUGAGAAAGACUAUGAGAAAAAAAUAAAAGAUAAAGAUAUGAUUCUUAAACUGGGGAAACUGGCUUUUCAACAGCUUGUGAAAGGCAAUGUGAUCUUUUAUGAGGAAGACCUGAGAGAGUGUGGCAUUGAUGAGACAGAAGCAUCAGUGUACUCAGGAUUGUGCACUCAGUUCUUCAGACAGGAGUUUGGGCUGUACCAAUCGAGAAUGUACUGCUUUGUUCAUCUGAGCAUUCAGGAACAUCUUGCUGCUGUUUAUGUUCACAUCUCCUGUGCAAAUAAUAAAAAGAAUGCUUUUGAACAAAGUACCCAAAAGAGUCUGUUUUCAAAAUUUUUUAACUUAAGGAUAUCUUUAUCCAAACAGCUUUCAUUAUCAGGCCUGCAUCAAAAAGCUGUGGAUAAAACAUUACACGCUAAGAACGGAAAUCUGGACCUUUUCCUUCGCUUCCUUCUGGGUCUUUCAUUAGAGUCCAAUCAGACUCUUUUACAUGGCUUAAUGGUGCAGAAUGGAAACACCCCCAGUAAUGAAAAAACAGUCAAAUACAUCAAACAGAAGAUCAGGAUGAAUCCUUUUUCAGAGAAGUUCAUGAAUUUGUUUCACUGUCUGAAUGAACUGGGUGAUCAUUCACUAAUGCAGGAGAUUCAGGAUUAUCUGCAAUCUGGAACAAUAAGUAAAGUCAAACUCUCCUCAUCUCAGUGGUCAGCAUUAGUUUUUGUGUUGUUGACCUCAGAAGAAGAGAUAAAUGUCUUCAAAUUAAAUGAAUUUGUUGGAGGAUGUAAUAAAGCUGAUGAAGUUCUUCUUAAUCUGUUGCCAGUGGUAAAAACAUCCAGAUCAGCUAUGCUUGAAUACUGUGGUGUUACAGAUGAAGGUUGUGCUGUUUUAGGUUUCGCUCUGAGAUCAAACCCCUCACAUCUAAGAGAUUUGAAUCUGUCAUGGAAUAAAAUAGGAGAUUCUGGCUUGAAGCUGCUCUCUGCUGGACUGGAAAAUCCUGAAUGUAAAUUGGAGAGACUGUGGUUAUGGAAGUGUGGUGUCACAGAUGAAGGCUGUUCUGCUCUGGCUUUAGCUUUGAGAUCAAACCCGUCACACUUGCGAGAUCUAAAUUUGACUGGAAAUAAUAUUCAAGAUUCAGGAGUGAAGCUUGGGCUGAAAAACCCUCGUUGUACACUAGAAAAUUUGUGGUUGAGGGAUUGUGGUGUUACAGAUGAAGGUUGUUCUGCUCUGGCUUCAGCUCUGAGAUCCAACCCGUCACACCUGAGAAGACUGAAUCUAACUGGGAAUACACUCAAAGACACAGGACUGAAAUUGCUCUGUGAUGGACUAAAGAAUCCUCUCUGUAAACUGGAGAUACUGUGGUUCAGUAACUGUGGUGUUACAGAUAAAAGUUGCUCUACCCUGGCUAAUUCACUAAGAUCAAACCCCUCACACCUGAGAAAACUGGAUCUGACUGGAAAUAAACUAGGAAAAUCAGGAAUGGAGCUGCUCUCUGGUCUAAAAUGCAAUCCAUAUAUACACUGGAGGUAGUACUGUUUUAGAUGGGUGUAAUCUACUGAUGGAGAAAAGGAAUCACGACUUCAACGUCACCUUCAACAGAACCAAUAAACAUUAGAAAAACAGCGACAUCAAAGUGACAUCAGUUAUUUUACAUUUAUAUCAUACCGUGAUAGACCUGCUGAAGUGAUAGACUUGACUAUGAACAGUUCUGACAUUUCAGAUAUUAAACAUUCAACUGAAUGUUAGCUGAAAUUGUUAAACUAUAAGUUUAGAAGGAUGUAGGUUUAAGGUUAAAAUUUAGUUAAUAACCAGUUUAAGAACGUGCAAAUGGUGAAAAGUUGACAUCUGUACAAUGCUUAUC